AUGAGAGACUCGCCCAAAAGCACAGCUACAGAUAUGGACGAACCUACCGCUCUUGUGCGUGACAGGCGCUGCAACCAUGGAAAGGUGCCGACAAUCAACAGCCAGGCACAGAGCAGACGCCUCCAGUUGUUCGGCAGACGAACCGAAGAUUCUUCGAACGGCACGUCGAGAGAAAUCCUGGCUGAGCUCGACUCUCUCUCUGCAUUUUCUACUAGAAAACUUCUAGCAGAGGAAGCUCAAGCCUCCAAGCGGUCUACUCCGCUUUCCUACAUGUCGACCUUCAUCGACGUCGACGACCUAGCGACCACUUAUCCUACACUGGGCAAGAUACUGUCAUCACUGUCGAAGAAGUCGCCGGCCUACCAGGACCCAGUUCCAUUCAUGCGCUUGCCGGCGGAGAUACGUGUGAUGAUAUACGUAAGGACCUGGACAGUCGUCGACUGUCCCCAGAAAAUGACUCUUCGAGCGGGUCGACGUGACAGCGGGAACUGUCUGGCUACAGGUAUCGAAUACUGGCUCGGACCAGCCCCAAGGACUCAAGUGCGAUAUCCGAAGGUCGUCAUGACAAUGGAUUCUCGCAUCAAAGAAGAAUUUGUGUAUGAGCUUUGUACCAGAUUUCCAGUCCAGCUAUAUAUCAGCGGCCUCUUCACCGAGCGUAUCCCCGACCUCAGUAUCCACAAGCCGUCUGUCUUCUUCAAACACGUUCGAGAUUGCCAGAUACAGUACUUGCCGCCUUUUCUGAGCGACCCGAACCAUAUUUACAACGCAUCGGAUAAUCGGAUGAUCCUUGGUACGGACCUAGCCAGCCUCGUCAAAUUCUCCCUACUAUUCCCGUGCUUGGAGAAGAUGGUCAUCCACAUGCCACUUGACUUCAGAGUGCUUCUCUCGGACAAUGUUACUUCACUGAAUGUGAAUAGUGUGCUGCAAAUGAUCAUUGGCGCAGAAGUUCACCGUGGUGGCAAAAAAGAGCUCUCAUGUUUCGCUGCAUGGAAAGACGACUCAUUCAUAAUGGGAUGGCACACUGAUAAAACACCACGCUCAAACCAUACAGAAUACUACAGCAGAAUUUGUACUGCUCUGAGCGCGAGGAGCCACGAUGCUGAGAACUGUACAUCUGCCAGGUGUCAGUGCACUGCUCUCAUAUUGAUGGGGCCACAUCGGACCGGAAGACGUCUCUUCAACUAUGCUGCGCAGUGGUUCGAGACAAAUCCGGAUGCAAUCCACUUAUUGAUUGUGGUCAAGACCAUCAUCGCCGCUUUCUGGUUCUGGCCAUAUACCGCGAGUCUCGCAACAUUAUUCAAUCUCGAUAUCUGGCGGGAGGCGUGCCUUCCAACAUUGAUUCGAUUGCUGCUUCAGACUCUCGGAGCGGAACUCAUCCUGGACUAUUCCCGCAAAACUUGGAGGAAGCGGAGUGUCUUCUACGGGGUUGUCCAUAUCGUGGGUUAUCGCAUAAGGCAAACCCUGGGCACAUACGUCGGCGAUGUACCUCUAUCUGCCCUUGCCCGACUCGGAUAUUGCUUUGACCGGUCGGUGUCUUUCAUCGUCGAGUUAUUCAUUGGAAUUCUGUUCGAGACUUUUGUCCAUGUCAUUUGCUGGGUCACCUAUGGACUCUACUUGUUUAUGCCACAAACACUGUCCUUUAUUCUAGCACAAGAUCGGCAGCUGAGGAAACAGCUAAAGCAUCUUCCGGUGCUAGGAUUUGGUUACCUGGCGGGCGUCUCCGACCUUCCGCCUCCGAAACUUGUGGCGGUAUGCCUCAGCGGUACACCCGUAGCGUUUGGCCUCACCGGAUGCGGAGCGGUCAUGGUUUCUGUUUUGUUUUGCCUUCACAUGCUUCCAACAUUCCACUCAGCAAGAAAGUCAUGGCCGACUGCCACAGUUUUGGCUAGACGCCACAGGACAAAGGUUGCACAGGCUUGCGGCAACGUCAAGAGUGACCUUCGCGACCUGGAGUGGAUCAUUCGUACUGCGAUGUCCUGGAUUGUCUGGGCAUGA